UUGUUCUUAUCUACACAUAUUACAUAAUACUUACAUUAAGUGAGAGUCUUAAGCAAAUUGAGAGUAAAAUGAACUAAUUUAAUUUCCAUUGAAUUCCAUCACAUGUGGCAACAACACUUAUUAUUUCGCAUUUGUUGUUUUCGUGGCCUUAUCUUGAAUUGUCUUCAACAUUGGCGUGUGAUUUUUUGUGAAAUAAAUUUGAGCUAUUUUAUUAAUAACUGUAAAUCUCAUAAAAAAUAAGUAUUUAAACGGAUGAGUGAUGAGCGUAGAAUGCAGGAUGUUAGAUUGGGAGGCUCAGUUAACAACGUGCGGACGCAGUCCCAACAUAAUCAUAUGUCAUUGGGCGAAAAGAUGCCUACUGCAAAGAUGCCCUCACUCAUUGUUUCUCAUAUGUACGGAGAAGACAUGAAAAUAUCGAAAAUAUUGCGGCGUCUGCAAACGGAGAAUAACGCGUCAGCUGCACUGGAACUUUGCAACAAGUUGGAGUUGGGCGUACGAGCGCAGCCAAAUGCAACAUACAUAUGCCGUUGCUUCGAUUUACUAAUGGAGAAUAUGAUAACCGUGCUGAGACAGUGUCCGGAAGAGUGUUUGGAAAAGGCAAGCGCUAUAAUGGGACUGAUGGGUUACAUUAAUCGCAAUGAUUUCCCAGUCUACAAAAACUAUAUUAUAAAAGCGUAUCAAUCUUACAAACCGAUACGGAAAUAUAUAAUGCAUGCGCUGAAGACUACAUUCAGUUGCGAUGCAGUCAAUUUGGAUUUGAGUGUAUACAGCGAACGCUUAUUGUCUGUACUAAAGGACUACUUGGAAAAUGCUGAGGUAGCCGACAUCUUUAUAGCCGUCAGCGAGACAAUUGCAGAAUUUUCAAAACAUUACAAACGUGCUUUCGAAGUACAUUUCAUGGAUAUAGUCGAUAUUAUUGUUGGUUGGCACUUAGAGGUAGAACAACCGUCUAACCUCAAAUUACACUGUUCCGUUGCAUUGCAACAAUUUGCGCCAUACUUUCUGAAAGAAUUGGACUUUACAUUUCGACUGUUGGGCCAAUUUCUCGAGGAUAUUGUAGCAUUGGGUGAUGAAAUUUCACAUGCGCCCUCACCGACAGAGUCGCUCAGCAGUGAAGGUGGCACACAAACACAACAAAACAAAGUUGAAUUACGUAUUGGUUGCUUUAUUGGUGCAUUCAAUUCGAUAUUGAAAACACUAUCGAAUCGGGUAGAAUUCGUGGGUAUGAUUGUCGGACAAAAUAUUGUGAAUGAAGCGGCAAUGACAAUAUCGAAAACAGCUGAACAAACACUAACAGUGACAUUAGCAAGUGAAGAUACAAUUAUGAAUAUCAAUGACUUCUUCUGUCUGCUAUACACGAAUAGUUACGAUAUAAUUAAUAUGGUGAAUAUAGAAGAAUUAAUCGCGUUGCAAAUGAAACAACUGAAUUACUUUAGUGAUGCGCCGAAAAUGAGCCUACUUUAUCUGAUACUCUGCGUAUUUCGGCAAUUGCGCACGCAACUGCCACUAUCCACGGUUACCUUGGUUUUCGAAACUACACAUAAUCCGCUGGCCACCAUCAAAUUCACCAAUAACGAUAAGCUGCGACGUCUCUUCCUAAAGGUGUAUCAUGAAAUUUUAAUGAUUAAAAAUGUGCCAUUACUACAGGAGACUUAUCGCCAUGUGACCGCCGAUAUAUUUAGCGCUAUAGCGGCGCUAGAAGCGCACGACGACACCGUUGUUCUGCAUACUAGCAGCGUGUUGCGCGCUGAGGCAACGCUAAAUUUCUAUUUGACAGCCUUGUCGGCGUUGGCCACACAAACAUCGUCGAUUAUCAGCAUGUAUGCGUUAUAUCCAUCGAUUUUGGAGCUGCUCAUUACGAAUUGUAAGGCGGGUGCCACACACUUGUGGCUACGUCAUCCCACAUUGCACAAUGCGCUGCUCAGCGUGCUUGUUGUGCAUUGCCAGAAGAAUCACAACUUUCGACCGACAUCACGUUUGCUCAGCGAACCGCUAUUUGCGCCGAAACACGCAUUGGACGAAAACAACUCACCCACAUCGGAGAAUUUCAGUUUGAUACUACAAUUUCUCGCUGGCAUUUUGUGCGCUGCAAAUGAGCUAAACGUGUCAAAUUUGAAUUUACUACUCGAUUGGGUGAGCUGCAUACUCAGCGAGUGUCGCGAAAACGCCGCCGUGCUACAACAACACGCAAACUUUAUCACCAUUUGCAAGUCUAUUAGUCAGGCGGUGUACGCGUCGCCCUUGAAAUGCGCUAAAUGCAUGGAAAUUGUGCUGGACUAUGCCACCGUUAAUAGUGAAGUUUUGGCAUAUUUCCGCCAAGCAGCGGUAAUUAUGCUGGACGCGAGCGAUGCCGGCGUACGACGCGCAUACACAAGCAUACUUGGUAAAUUGCCGCUAACCAUUUGUCUAACAACCGAUUGCGUAAGCAGUAAUCUGAGCGUGCGUAAAAUGGCGCUCAACGAUCUAAUGCAAUGGUACCGCUCCACCGCUUACUAUGCGCCGUUGCGCAACAAGUACUUCAAACCGUUUCUUGAGCGUUUGGAAAAUGACACCACCUGUGGUGAAUAUGAACCGCUCUGUCAAUACGCUGCCGAGGUGUUCGCCAAGUGUUGGGUGGCGCGUGCGCGUGAGAACUGCACUUCCUAUGAGGCGUCAGCGAGAGGUAGUUGUUGCGCGCUUGCGCUUUGGUUGGAGUACGAAGCCGCGCGUCAGUGCGUACGCAAUAAGUUACGCACGUCGAUUGGCAAACCGCAGGAGACCUUUCUCGCUAUAGAAGCGGUCAUUUCAAAGUACGCGCGCAUAUUGUCCACAAAGAGUGGUCUGUCAAAUGUCUGCAGCGCGCGCAAAGUGACGCUGCCGCAUUUGAUGUCGCUACAGCGCAAUACGCGUCUGCUGCUCGGCUUCAUCGAUAGUUUGGAGAAGCAUAUCUACAAUGCGGCUGAAGGGACCGCGUUCGCCAUACCAGCGCUGGAGAAGCCCAUCAAAACAUUCUUUCGCAUUAACGCGCACACCUGCAACGAGUGGUUGAAUCGCAUACGCCCGAGCGUCAAUCUGAUUGCAAUGCACAGCAUGAUGCCGGAGCUGGUUAUACGCAAUGCGGAGGCUAUGCUGCGCAUGGAUAAGCUGAGCGACGCGCAAUUGGAUCACACCAUAAUCAUGCUUGUUUGGGCAUUGCUCUGCGUUGACGAGUCCUGCACGCUGCAGGGGCUCUACAUCUGGCUGAAAACGAAGCAUCCGAAAGCCGCUAAGCGCUGCAUAUGGAUUUUAUAUGCCGCGGAACAGGCUGCUGGCCAUAAAGAGCAAGCGGCAGAUAGCUACGAAGCCUUUCUGGUCGAAAACGAGUCCAAUUUAGAUGCGCGCAGCAAGGAUUUCGUUGUUGAGCAGUUGAUCUACUGCUUGUACUACACCAGUCAGUGGGCGCGUUGUCGUCGUGUGCAUGCGCGUUAUAAAAACGGUGAGAAGCCAGAUGAUUUACACUACGAAUUGGCUGAGGCGCUCGUAGAUGAUUACGAGAGUGAGGCUAGUCGUAGUGUUGCGCUCCAGAAUGCUAUCAUGGAUUUGACUAGUUGGUCGCCAAAUACCAGCGCUGGCAGUGAAGCUGCCGCGUCGGCGCCAGAAACAUUUUCUUACUACUACAUCACACAGCAGCUGCAAGACGCUUGCGUGGCGCAUGCGCUCAAAUGGGAUGCCAUGUCAGCGCCGCCGCUCAGCGAAGAUGUGCAGGCAUGCAUACGCAGCGGUGUGCAAGAGUUGCCGUACCACAGCCGCAUGCGCGUUGGUGAGCACCGCAACGCGCUCAGCGAUAUGCUUAUACUAAAUCAUGUGGCGCAAAAGUUGUCGUCCACGCAGGGUGUGUACGCCGAGCGCAUGCAUGACAUAUGCAAUACGAAUGACACAGAAAAGUCAACAUUCUUACUGAGAUCGCUCAUGUGGACGUUGAUGUUUGAGCAGCGCUUGGGCGCGUCGGCUGAUGCGGCGCGUCACUACUCACUGUACUUGGAUGUGUCGAAUAGCGCGCGUCGCGAAGGCAAUGCCAUCUUCUGUCGCGCUAUGUUGCAACGCUUUUUCCGUCUCAAAGGUUUCGAUGAAUCGCUCUCCGAGGUUGGGCGCAUGUUGCGCGAGAAUGAGUACACCGUGAGUGUACAUGACGCGGACUUGGUGCGCGGUUUUAGCGAGUUGGCCAAGUGUUCGUAUGUCAAUUCGGCCAAUCAAAUGAAUGCCAUCAGCCUAGGCGCUGCCUACUGCACCCAAAUCAUACAGCAAGUACAAGAGCAGCCGCAUGCCACAUAUCCGCCGAGCAGUGCCGACAUGCUGCUCACAUUGGCUGAUUGGUUGUCGCCGCGUGUCACUGGCUCCACCACCUGCUACAAUGUGAGCGGCACAACGGUGCCCAAUAAUAAUGUGAAUGCCGCCUUGGCGUUGACGGAAAUGCAAGCGUUGUUACAACAUCUGCCCGAUGUGACGGUGCAUUUGGUGAAAGAGAGCGCUGACGACGCCGUUAGCACACUCAUACCGCCGGCGGAGAAAGCUAUCGGCAAGCUCAUCAACGCCAGCAUCUGUCAGUCGAGCAACUCGAGCGAUGCCUGGUUCGCCUACGGCAAUUGGUGCUAUCGCUGGGGCAAGCGAUUGAUGGAAGCCAAGAAUACGAAUGAAAUGAAGAGCGGUUUGCCGCAACGCGACAUGCAAGCGAUACGCGAAGUGCUGGGCGGCAACGUGAGCGAUGAAGCGAUCAACCAGGUGGUGAGCGUGCUGAAUGGUCAGCAAUUGAGCAAUAUCGACGCCGAGGAAGAUAUCGAGAAGAGUGAGCUCAGCUCAAGCGAGCUGAUCGAGCAUGCGUUGCGACGCGUCGACAUCUUAGCCGAUAAACCGUCGGAACAGAUAGCAAGCAUCAUUAAGAUAUGGCGGCAGGCGCAUCGCAGCGUCUACGUCUACUAUGAAAUGGCGACGAAGGCGUAUUUCAAUUAUUUGUCAAUCGGCACGUCGCAAUGUGAGGCGAAGAAUACGUUGAGUGAUUGCACUCCGGUCACCGUCACCUUGCGUUUGCUGCGCUUGAUCGUUAAAUAUGCGGCGGGCUUGCAGGAUGUGCUGGAGGAGGGUUUGCGCACAACACCGCUACGUCCCUGGAAGGUCAUCAUACCGCAGCUCUUCAGUCGCCUCAAUCACCAUGAGCCAUAUGUGCGUAAGAGCGUCUCAGAUCUGCUCUGCCGCUUGGCGGAGGAUCGUCCUCAUUUGAUUAUUUUCCCGGCGGUGGUGGGUGCGCAUCAGGAAUCGAAAGAGUCCACACCACCACUAUGUGGCGUAAAGGAUGGUAGCGCUAAGAACAACAAAGAGCAAAAAUGUAGCACACAACUGUCGAACUGCUUCCGUUCGCUGCUGCAAACGCUGUCAGAGCAAGCGCCAGACACUGUUGCGCAUGUGCAGCUGCUCGUGAAGGAGCUGAAGCGCGUCACACUCUUAUGGGAGGAGUACUGGGUGCAUUCACUCUCGCAACUGUACAGUGAAUACGCGGCGCUCUUCAAUGCACUGGAAGCGGAACUGAAGAAGGCAGGCGGCACGGCGACAGAGAAAAUAAUCUCCAAGUAUGGCAUAUUGAUGAGUCACGUGGUCUACGAUAUGCAGCGCAUUGCCGCUGUCACCUCCAAGUCGGCCGAUACCAAUUAUGAACGUAACUUCCAAGAGCGCUACAGCGCGUUAAUCGCCAGCACCAUAAACGAGCUGAAUCAGCCCUACAAUCCCGCCAAGCCGUUCGAUGGCUGGGUGCGCAUCAAGCAAUUGUAUGGUGUUUUCCAGCAGCGCUCGCUGCGCGGCUACGCGUCCACAUUGAAGAUCGCCGAUCUCAGUCCGGUGUUGGAGAAUAUGCGCAAUACGGCCAUAUCCAUGCCGGGCGUCGACACCUACGCGAAGGAGCCCGUCUACAUACGUUCGGUAGACAGCGCGGUGCAUAUUCUGCCCACUAAAACCAAACCGAAGAAGUUGGCUUUCUACGGCAGCGAUGGCCGCAAGUACACCUACCUCUUUAAGGGUUUGGAAGAUCUGCAUUUGGACGAGCGCAUAAUGCAAUUCCUUUCGAUUUCGAAUUCGAUGAUGGCGCGCGCCAGCAUGGGCGUGGACUCAUUGCAGCGCGCACGCGCCUUCAAAGCUCAUUACUAUUCCGUCAUUCCGCUGGGCUCACAAUCCGGUCUAAUCAGUUGGGUUGAUGGCGUGACGCCACUCUUCGCCAUCUAUAAGAAGUGGCAACAGCGUGAUGCUGCCUUGAAACAACAACAAAAGGAACGUCAGAAUACGCAACAAGCUGGCGUGCAAUCAACUGAAGUCGCACCAGCUGCCACACGUCCGUCAGAGCUGUUCUACAGCAAGUUGACACCGUUGUUGGCGGAGCAAGGCCUGAAGAUCACCGAUCCGCGUAAGCAGUGGCCACUGGGCAUCUUGCGUCGCGUGCUCGAGGAGUUGAUCAAGGAGACGCCACGCGAUUUGCUUGCCAAAGAGUUGUGGUGCUUCGCCAAUACGGCGGCGGAUUGGCGUAACUCGGUGCGCAAUUAUUCGCUCUCUAUGUCGGUAAUGUCCGUUAUAGGCUAUGUGAUCGGGCUGGGCGAUCGUCACUUGGACAAUGUGCUGAUCAACUUGACUUCGGGCGAAAUUGUGCACAUCGAUUAUAAUGUAUGCUUCGAGAAGGGCAAAACACUGCGUGUGCCCGAGAAGGUGCCGUUCCGCAUGACACCCAAUUUGGAAGAGGCUUUGGGUAUAACCGGUAUUGAGGGCACAUACCGCCUGGGCUGUGAGCAUGUGUUGAAAAUAUUGCGUAAAGAGCGUGAAACAUUACUCACCUUGCUGGAGGCAUUCGUUUAUGACCCAUUGGUUGAUUGGACUGUAAGUGACGAUGGCACUACGACUGUAGCACGCGCUACCUCGGCGCACGCUGCUGCUUUGAGUCUAAAUGCAUUGGAUGCGGUAGCGGCGAACGCGCUAAAAGAGAGUAAUACAAAACUCAAUGGACCCAUAGAUGAUGCUACGCAACGCAAACCGAAUUGGGAGAGUACACGGAAGUCGCUGGAGGUGCGUUUGCAUGAACUCAAACCAUUUUGGACACAAUACAGAGACGAGUUACAGACACGUUUGUCCGAGGUUGAAGGUGCGCUUGAUCGUUUAAUCGAAGUGCAAGCCGAGAUACGCCGCGAAGAGCAAGAACGUGAUCGCAUCACCAAACAAUCGGCGAUGAUACGUGAAUUGCAAGCACUCGGCACCGCGAUGGGUAGUCACGCCUUGAACACGAUCACGGAUCGUUACAACAGCUGCAAGCGUGACGAAGGCGCGCUCAAUGUGAUGAAGGAGAAUGUGCAAAAAUAUCAGAGCGAUACCCAUGCCAUACUCAAUGUAUAUUUCGAACAAUUGCUACCCACCUCUGCCACAAAUGAGCUGUCAGCACUGCAAUUGCAGCUAUGCGACUUGCAACACAAUGUACCAGCGAAUGAAUUCGAAUUGCUACACGCACUACUCGAGCAGAGCGGCCAGGAGCAGCUGUAUGCGCAGUGCGACUUCACACGCAAAGAAAUGGAUAACACACUCUUCCAGCAGUGCCGUUGCGCCUUGGAAUGCAUUGAUCAGUUGCAACAAUAUAUCGGCGUUAUGCAAUUUUAUCCACGCUCACAGUUACAGCAAAAUCACUUGCUCAAAUAUGAGUGCGCCUAUCGUGCGUUGCUAAGCGGCGAAUUGAGUGCCAGCGAGUUGCAACAGCAGUUUGAGCAGUGGCAAGAGAGCGAGUCAGCGGUUGCGGAUGGCAUGAAGUCGCAGGUCAUGCAGUAUGCAGCUCUAUUGGAGAAAGUUUGGAUUGAGGCGAAUAUGGAAUUGGCCACCGCCAUCAGUGAUUUGAAUGAUCAGUCCAGUCAAGUGACAAUCUCAUUUGAUGCCGCUGUCACCACAAUACACACAUUCAUCGCUUUAGACCCAGACAGCCAUACACAAGCGCUGCAAUCUUGCAUGCUGGAGACACUUUCGAAAGCUAAUGAUUCCUUCUUGCUCUUCGAAGAGGACGCUUUGGAUACCGGCGAUUACUAUCUGCUCAAUCAACAAUUGAAUUUCCUGGAAAUGCUACAACAAAUGUGUCAAGUAGCCUUCCCAGAUGCCGAUCAACAUUUUUACGAUAAUUUACUCACACUCUCCGAGACGCUGCAAUCGCUGCACAAUUUGAAAACGGCCUUUGAGCAAUCGCUGCCAGAACGUAUUGUGCGCCUAUACAUGCAGGACAACAACGAUGAAGUGCAAGCAGCUUUGGCUGAGAUUUGUGCACAAGAGCCGAAUUCACCUCACACCGAUUCACCGGUACGCCUGAAGAGCGGUAGCAAUGAGGUGACGUUGCUCUACAAUGAGAUAUACGCGCUCUUCGAUGACUUCGAAACACGCGUGAAGCUGCUGAGACCCACUGUGGAGAUAGUGUUGGAGCGUAUGGGCGAAUCGAAUUUCAAACAAUUCGUGGAAUCACGUUUGUGUGCCAACACCUCAACAGUGAUCGAUACCACCAUGAAGUACGAAGUGAUCGUCAAUAUUUUCCGUAUGGCACGCGAUAAUGUCAAAGCAUUACUCCAGAAUGACAUACAACAAAUAUACGAUGUACGUCGUUUUUCAGCACCAAUUAACGAUUACAUCAACACCACACAGCACACCAUACUCUCCGGUCUGCCUUCGCUGUUCGCGCACAUGCUGCACGGCCGGCUGACCAAGCUCGCUGCUCAAUACCCCAAUUUGCGUUGCUUGGAAGCUGCUACACUGUUGAAUGCCGAGGGCUUGUGCCAAAAUCUGUUGCAUGCCCUGCAGCAAGGUUUCAGCGGCAAGAACUUCCAAAUGCAAGUGCUCUUGCAUACCAAAUGGGUGGAACAUUGUGCGCUCGUGGGCAGCGCACACUUUUGGCUGAACGAGGCGGCGCUGCAGCAGACCGAUACACAGUUGAUGUACGGUUUUCCGAAGGAGAAACUGCUGAAAUCUGUGCAAGCUUGCAGUCAGUCAUUGAGCGCUUGGAAGCACACAAUGAUUAAGAUACACGAAGAUGUGGAGGAGUAUACAGCUGCCGUGACGCAGCAGCUGAAUUGGGCAUUGCAAACGAAUGGCGGCAAUCUGCUGUCAUUGCAAGCCGACUUUAUGGAAUGUGUAAAGGCCCAGCUGUUGCGCUACAAUGGUCUGUUGCAAUCGGCUACACAGAUAUACGAUUAUGCCAACGCCUUGUUGCAAUUCGAAUUGCUGCAGAGCGCCGAUAAUCGCCUACAGGCUGAUAAUGCCUUUCUGGCUGUGCUGCAACAGUGGCAGGACGCCGUGGCCGCAGUGCAGCAGAGUAACGCAAGCAUAACACCAAUUGAGCAAUCGAUUGUGCAGCUCUUGGAUCCCGAGGGUAAAGUGGAUCAGUGUUGGAUCGAAAAUAUUGCCGGUUUGUUGGAUGAAAUGACGUUCGCUUCACAACGCAAACUGGCCACAUUGGAGCAUGAAGAGGGUGCUCUCAAGGAGGGACUCUUCGAGCAGGGGCAGCAAAUGCUGCCCUUGAGGGACCCACAAAUACGCAGCGAUAUGCGUCACAUCUUCAAAGCGAUCACCAAGAAUGAACGCAAUGCGCGUGCCACUUCGGCUGCGGAUAGAAUUGGCUCCGCAGUGUUUGCACGAGAUCUGCAGCAGGCGAUGCGUUUGUUCCACAACAAAUUAAAUGAGUUGCAGAUGCAAUUGCUAGCGCGUAAUACCAGCGACAGCACGCCCGCUGAACUGAAGGCGAAAGUACACGAGCUACAGGGCAGCUACGAGCAAAACUACGCUGGACUGCUGGAGUUGGGGCAACGCUUCAGAAGCGACGAAUGCGAAGGUGCCACGUCCAGUUGCAUGAAUUCGGAUUCGCCAUUGCGCAAUAAAGGCAGCUAUGCGGCCGCCUUGGAGGGUAUACAAAAAACUGCGACCAACAAAGAAGAAGCAACGACGUCAACAGUGGAUGACGGUGCACUGGAUAAGAAAGCUGGCACCACCACCAACAAUCCGGGCGAGCAGAAGCGCAACGCAUACGCCGUGUCCGUUUGGAAGCGUGUACGCAUGAAGCUGGAAGGACGCGAUCCAGACUCAAAUCGACGCUGUACAAUUGCCGAACAAGUGGAUUACAUCAUACGCGAGGCAAUGAAUCCCGAUAAUCUAGCUGUGCUCUACGAAGGCUGGACUCCUUGGGUUUAAACGCUUAACGAAACGGCUUCGUAUAUGGGGAAGCCUUAACUUAACUCAAUUCAGCAGUAGCAGCAGCAGCAGCAACAGCAACGGCAACAGUCAAUGCAGUGGACAACAGUUAGCGGAAGUUAGAGAAGCAGUGAAAAGAUGAAGCGCGGCGGCAGGACGACCAAGACGACAAAGUGGAAGCAACAGCAUUAUGAACAUCCGAUACAUACCAACAUACCUAGUAUAUAUGUAUAUAUAUACUUAUACAUAUAUAUAAAUAUAUAUAUAUACACAACAAACAUCAUUAAAAUCAGCGAGCGACGUCUAAGGGGUAACCUGCGGGAGCAGCUAUUAGCUGGAAAUAAUUUUGUCCAAAUUUGGAAGUAGUAAGCUUUGGAGCAACAUACGAUGUCAACAACAACACUGUAGCUGCACCUAAUCUCCUACAUUAUAACAACAGCAACAACUACAACAAAAACACGGUCAAAACAUUUUCGGUGUAGCUGGCUUGGACGUUGAGCGGAUUGUUUGUCAGUAUGAUGGGGGUGUUGAAAAUUAGAAUUCAGUCACCGUUUUAAGCGUGUCUGCGCUCAAUUAAGAACCGUUUUCACCUUGCUGCCAUGCACCACACACCUCAUGUGGGUCUAUGGUAUGCGGUCUUUCUGUGUGAAUGUAAAUGUGUAAGUGUGAGGAGGAGGAGGCGGAAGAGGAGGAGAUGAAGAAGGAGAAGGGGUUGGACGACAUACAUAUAUGCUGACGCGUUGGUGUGCGUGUUGUUUUGGGGGGAGGUGUACGGUGUAGGUUUGUUGUGUGCGCACGUUUACUUCACUCGGGCUGAAUUUCAUUUCUAGUUUACAUUACUAUAAAAUUCUAAUAUAUACACGCAUAUAUAUAUAUAUUUCUUUUCAUUUUUGAAUUAUCAUUUCACUAUAAAUUUCUACUAUAAUUUGUCAAUAUUCUCCUGUAGCAAUGUAGUCUCUAUGGUCGGAGAUUUACAAACAACAUCUAUAGAAAACUAUUUGGUGACCUAAUAUUAAGUUGGCCGUGAAAUAAUAAAAAAAAAUAAAUAAAAAGCUAUACAAUAACAUGUAACUGCUUCUUCGAUAUAGAA